GGACAGCAUGCUGAUCUGGGGCGCGGACGAGGCGGGGCGCGGCGUGGUGGCCCGGGUGGUGAGGCAGACCCAGCGCCGCGCGUCCGUCUUCCUCUCCGUCGUGGACCAGACUGGAGACGUCUACACGUUGCCCAAUCAGCCCGACUCGAACCUCGUCAACGUCACGGGCGCUGGCUGGCGAGGGGGGCCGCAUCAUUGCAGUGCGUCGACCCCAUGAGAUGCUGGAGACUCAAGUUCAACGGCUUGCUGAGGCGCGGCCCUCGCGAGGAGUACAUCACGGACGACAAGGACGACACGGACGACAGCGAGGUCAUCCACGCCCGCCUCGACUUCCUCUGGCGCGCCGUGCGGUGUCCCGUCGACGUGUUCAAUGACGCCAGCCCGCUCCUGCUCGCCCACGCCCUCGCCAGGGAGCCCGCCGCCUCCGUCAAGCUCUUCACAUCCCUUGAACGUGAUGGCUACGACCAGUGGGGAGCCCUUCACGGUAUGGUCACCAUAAAGGACAGCCCUGAAGAAUGGUAUCUCAGGGGAUGUCGCCAGCACAGGUGGGGCAUAAGUGAGACCGUAGCCAACUUCUACCGGUCUGUAGACAUCUUCAGCUACUUCAACAGCGGAGAGGUGUGCUCGCUCCAGGCUUUCUCCUAUUCUUCUGGGCUCUCACACUACGUGAUCGGUUAUGUACAGGAAGCGUCGGGGAGGUAUCGGCCUGUGACGUCCACCACGCUCAGUCUUCCUCAUCUGGCCGAAAAAGCUCCGCUCCCUAAGAACAUACUCACCAGAUUUACAACUAGUUCCGGAAAUUACGACUUGUGGCAUAAAUUGGGUCCAAAAGUCACCCAUUACACGGGAGAUCCUUGGUCGCUUUGUCAUGUUCUGAACUUCAAUUCUGUAGCUAUUAAUCACUCUUUCGGCUAUGGCAUCACUCUAUUUUCUGACAGGUUUAAAGGCCUUUGUCCAGUACCAGAAAGGGAAUGCCUACCUGCGCUGGUUGAGCCUCGGGUGGAGAUAGACGAGGCAACAGCUUUUGUGGUGCCUCUCAUAGAUCAUCGGACCCGAGCUACAUGUCUGACGGGUGGCAAGGCAUCCUCGCUAGCCUUCCUCAUGUCCCUCAAAGACAUUACUGAUGAUGAAUAUGAGGUUCCCGACGGUGUGGUGGUGACGGUGGCAGCUUGGAGGCAGCAGCUAAGGACCUACCCGGAACUGCAGACAGCGGUGAGGGGCGUCGAGAAGGCUGUCGGGUGCUCGCAGCAGGCCCAGUUGAAGGAUGCUUGCGCCAGAGCUGUGGAGAGCUUCAGGUCAACGCCCGUCUGCCCAAAGGUGGCGGAGGCACUCAGGCAAACUCUCGAGGAAACUUUCGAACAAAACUACCAGUCUCGCAGAUUCGCCGUGAGGUCGUCCGGAUGCAGCGAGGACGGCGAGGAGACUUCGGCGGCGGGCCAGAACGAGACGCAGCUGGGCGUCGUGGGCGGAGAGAACCUACUGCGUGCCCUGGCUGCGUGCUGGGCGUCCCUCUUCGCCUUUCAGAGCGUCGAGUACCGCAGGCAGCGUGGGCAGGCGGUGGAUGGCGGAAUGGGCGUUGUGGUCCAAGAGAUGGUGGAAGCAGAGGCCGCUGGAGUCCUGUUCAGCCUCGACCCCGUCACCGGCAGUCCGGCCAACAUCACCAUCACCGCUAACUAUGGACUCGGCGAGAGCGUGGUGUCAGCAGCCGCAGAGCCCGACACGGUGACAGUGACAAGGUCAUGGCGAGACCAGCUGGCAAUAGCAUCCCGUAGCGUCGGUGAAAAGAAGGUCAAAUGCGUCAUGAAAGAGGGCGGCGGGACCCUGGAGGAGGAGGUGCCGUCAGGAGAGCGGGAGCGCGUGUGUCUCUCGGACGACCAGGCCCUGAAGCUGGCUCGCCUCGCGGUGUUCCUCGAGCGUGCCUUCGGGAGCCCCAGAGACGUGGAGUUCGCCGUGGCCAAG